AUGCCCCCAAAUGUCAGUAGUGUCACCCUUAAAGCCACAGUUUUCUCAUUUGUUCCUCCUUUUCCUCCCCGCUUUCUUAUUCUCUAUGCCUUUCAAGACUCUGUUUCCUGGCUGGCUGCUCCCCGGAACCCAAAGAUUCACCUGUACAACGCUGAGCAGGUUCUGAGCUGGGAACCUUCAUUCCCAGGCAACGACACAGUUCCAGUGUCCUACCGGGUGGAGUAUAAAUACACCAACAGUGAGUGGAACAACUUGGAGUCCUCAGAGGUGAAGUGUACACAGAUCACAGCAACGGAGUGUAAGUUCACCACAGCCGGCCACUCGGAGGGCUUCCCCAAGCACUUCAAUGUCUCUCUGCGUGUGCGAGCUGAGUUGGGACAGAGCGUUUCUGAGUGGGCGACAGUACCUUGGUUUCAACACUUUCGAAAUGCCACCAUCGGGCCUCCAGGAAACAUCAUGGUCAGCCCAGGAGAAGGCUCCCUCAUCGUUACGUUCUCUGCUCCCUUUGACACCAGAAGCCCCUCAGAGGCCACUUUUUCUUAUUACGUCUGUUACUGGAAAAAAGGUGGAACCCAACAGGUUAAAGGCCCUGUCACGAGCAACUCCAUUUUGCUGAAUAACUUGGAGCCAUUCAGAGUGUACUGUCUGCAAGUCCAGGCACAACUGUUUUGGACAACGCCGAGGAUUGUUAAUCCCGGGAGUUUCAGCGACACGUUUUGCUAUGAAACCACAGCAGACGCCUCCGCCAAGCUGCAGCAGAUCAUCCUGAUCUCGGUGGGAAUCUUUUUACUGAUGCUGGUACUGACGGGGGCCUGUUUCUUCCUGGUCCUGAAAUACCAAGGGCUGAUUAAAUACUGGUUUCAUACUCCGCCAAGCAUUCCGUCACAAUUAGAAGAGUACUUAAAGGACCCAGCCCAGCCCAUCUUAGAGGUCCUGGACAAGGACAGUUCACCGAAGGAUGACAUCUGGGAGUCUGUGUCCAUCAUUUCCUUCCCAGAAAAGGAAGAAGACUUGGAAGCAAAGCAUGGGUCCAGCCAGGGGACCCCAGAGGCGGACACUGAGCAAGGGAGCUGGUAACAUCCUGCUGGACCUGGCAGAAACCCACUCCCUGCCUCGGAAGCCUGCCGUGCCAAGUGAGAGACACAGGGUCUGAGAGCGAGAAGACAGCUUAGGACUUUUUCUACGAAGUUCCUGAAUCGCCAGGCGCAGUGGCAUACACCUGUGAGCCCAGCACUCGGGAGGCUGAAGCAGGAGGAUCACUGCAAGUUUGUGGCCAGCCUGGGCUACAUAGCGAGACCCUGAAGUUUUCUGAAUCAUGUAAAUUUCCAGGAUGACUCUACAGAAAUAUCACAGAAGAAUUAAGACUUCUUUUAAACACUAAAAGGCAUGAAACUUCUUGUUUGCAACGUGACUACGGCAUGUGAUGGCAUCACUGUUGGUUGGUCCAGGGCAUCGGGACACUAGGUCUUCUGAACUCUGACAACUGAGUCAUCCCAGUCUGUCCCGGCCGUCACCAAGAGGGGCCAUCCAGGCUGCUGGCUAAAAAUGUGACUCACCGUGGGGUGAGGAUUUUUCUAAUAAUUUAAGUUUUUUCUAAAAGCCAGAAAUAAAGGAG